AUGGUGAUGGUCAAGCUCGCUGUGGCUGGAUGGUUCGUGUCUGUCUGCCUUUCCAAGCUCGCCGACCCUGUGAUACAGUAUGCAAAGGACCGGUACAAGGACCAGAAGAAUUUCGUGACCAACACCGAAAAGCUCAAGUGGCGCCUUGAGCAGAUUUCAGAAGCAAUCAGCCGGGCCAGGGAAAGGGAAGUUGAUGAUUCCAAAUUGCAAUCGUGGAUCCAGAGACUCAGAGAUGCGGUUUUCACAGCAGAAGAUGUUCUUGAUUCCAUCAAGUAUGCAAUGUUGAAGCACCAGGUAACGACUGAACACAAGCAUAUAUUUUCUCCUAGAAAAGAUGCUUCUGAUUCCAUUUCCCAAGACAAAAAUGACGCUGAUAAUUUGACGAAAGUCAUUAAAAAGCUUGACAACGUUUCUGCGGAGAUGAGAAGCUUGUGGUUCUUGCGUGGGCAAGAUGCUACACAAGGAUUGGUGCCUGAUCAAGCUCCUGACUGGCGGGAGACCACUGCAUCCGACACACAACCAAAGCUGGUUGGUCGGCAGAAAGAAGCAAAUGAUCUCAUGACCUUAUUACUUGAGCUUGAACAAUGUAAGGAGAAAAUCUCACAUAUUUCUGUUGUCGGAAUGGGUGGUGUUGGGAAGACAGCUCUCGUCCGGGAAGCUUACAAUGAUAACAGAACAGACUGUUUUGGGGUGAAGGCCUGGAUCUGUGUAUCACAUAGAGCCAGCAUCACAAGGGUGUUGAUUGAUGCAACCAAUGCUGCUUCUAAAAAAUUACUGCUUUAUCGCCAUCCUGCGCCCGACAAGGGCACUAUCAAGAGUAUGCUGGCAGAUGUUUUGAAAGAUAAGAGAUUUCUCAUAGUCCUGGAUGACAUAUGGGAUUGGGAUUUGUCAAGAAACAUACUGGAUGCGUUCAAUAUGCCAUUUAGCCAAGCACGUGAAGGAAGCAAAGUCAUAGUCACUACUCGAGACCCGAGCAUAGGAGAAGGAAUGAGUACAGAAGGGCUAAUUCAUGUUCACGGCUUAGAGUUCAAACAUUAUUGGCCACUGUUCAAAGAACUUGCAUUUCAUAACAAAGACCCGGAAGAUUAUCCAGAACUCUUAUCCAUAGGCAAAAACAUAGCCAAAAGGCUAAAUGGCUUGCCACAGGCAGCGGAGACAUUUUGUCAGGCGUUACGGUCAGACUUCAAGGAGACCCACUGGAGGGGUAUUUCGAAAAGGAAAAUGUGUCAAAUGGGAGCAGAGAAGUGUGGCAUCAUGGCCACACUGAGAUUAAGCCAUGAACAGCUGCCAAGAGACCUCAAGGAAUGUUUUGUUUCUUGUUCUCUCUUCCCAAAAGGGUAUGCCUUUCAAAAAGAAGAAGUUAUCCGUGUAUGGAUGGCUCUUGGAUAUCUUGAUGGCCCUGGAGCUGGAGUGCAAAGAAUGAAAGAUAUAGGGAAAAGUAUUUUUACUCAGUUGCUGAAGAGAUCCUUCUUCAAGGAAAAUAAUGAGGCACCAGGAACAUACAUCAUACCUGAACCAUUGGAUGAACUUGCUGAAUUCUUAUCUUCUGUCGGUCAGAUAUCCUCUGGCUCAAAGAAGUUGGACUUGAUUCAGACCAAGACCCUUCAAAAACUUCUUACAAGGAUGAAGUGCCUGCGCGUGCUGAUGGUCUCCGAACCUCUCCUAGCAGAUCUUCCCGAACUGAAGCACCUCCGUUACCUUGAGAUCCAUGUUGAGGACAAUGAUGGAAAUGCGUCUCUUCCAGAAUCUAUAUGCAAGUUAUAUCAGCUGCAGACAUUGAUCGCAAGGUUCUGUGGCAACAAGUUGUCAAUACCGGAGAAUUUCAACCAAUUAAUCAGCCUGCAGUUCCUGGAAACAGAACCGGAAGCAGUAUGCACAAUUGCUGAUAUUGGGAGGUUGACUUCCCUGCAAGAAAUCAAUACCAUUGAGGUUGGCAAUAAUGAUAAAUUUGGCAUUAGUCAACUGGAAAAUAUGGACCAGGUCCAUGGUAAUCUUUGCAUCAAAGGUCUUGAGAUAGUAGAGAACAAGAAUGAGGCUUUGAAAGCAAAGCUAUGCAAAAAGGAGUAUAUCGGAACAUUAGAUCUGUGCUGGAACAUUGGGAGCAAGGAGAGAACUAAGUCCAUGAUGACUGCACACUAUGAAGUGCUGGAAGGACUUCAGCCACAUUGCAAUCUUAGCAAGCUCAUAAUAAAUGGCUACACAGGCAUCAAACCCCCAAACUGGCUGAAGGGGGCCCAGGCCCAGGAGCUAAAUCUGAAGUGCAUCGAGCUCUCGAAUUGCAGUGGCUGGGAGGACCUUCCACCUUUUGGCAUUCUACCAUACCUCAAGGUCUUGUAUAUAAGGCAGAUGAGAUCUCUGCGGCGAAUCGAGAAAGAGAUAUAUGGCCAAGACAUCCCAUCUGGAUUUCCACAGCUGCAUGAGCUCUUGCUUGAAGACCUCUGUAAUUUAGAGGAAUGGUCCUUGCCAAGCAGAGACACCCAGGUAUUUCCCAAGCUUCGCAGGCUGUCCAUAACCAAUUGUGACAACCUGAAGGAACCCGAAGACCUUCCAUAUUUAUUAAAGAAAUUGGAAUCUUUGGCCAUCAAGAACUGUCCCAACAUCGAUAAAGAGUAUAUCCGUCCCUCUAUGACUAGGCCUGUCUAUUGUCAAAAACCUGCAUCCCAGAAACGGAAAGUUGCUGACAAAUCCAUGGUGAAGAAACUUGUUUUGUCUCAUUUUUCCUUUAUGGUGUGUAAAAAAAAUAUUUCCAUGUUUUGUUCCUGACAUUUGUCAACAAUCUG